AUGGGAGUUGCAGUGGACACCUGGGAUCCAAUACUCCUACACAUAGUACUCAGGAAAUUGGAUAAAACGACCCUCACGUUGUACGAGCAGUCGUUGGCAAAUCCUAAACAAUCGCUGGCCGAGUUUCUGCAAUUCUUAGAAACUCGUUUUCAGUCGCUGGAAGCGCUGGGUGCCAAGAAUAUUAAAGCGGAGGACAGCAAAAAGAAGCUACCAAGGACAACGAUGUCAGUCACUACUGUCAGCGUAGGUUGCACAAUGUGUAAAGAGGCGCAUCAACUCUUUGCAUGCAACGACUUUUUGCGUUUGUCACCCACGGAUCGUUUUCAUCAUCUCCGGAAACACAAGCUCUGCAUCAAUUGUUUGAAAGGUGGUCAUUUUGCAUCAUCUUGCUCCUCGAGAGGGUGUACGAAGUGCUCCAAGAAACACAACACCUUGGUUCACUUUAAGCCCCGAGAAGAAACAUCAUCGGAUGACCAAACGCAGAAUCCUGAGAAAAUUGCCUCGAGUCGAGAGCCUUCUAAGGCGGCUGCUAAGUCAAUGCGCCUACAAGGAGUGGGACAUUCGAAGCUGGAGACGCACCGAAGAGUGAGCGUUGAGGUUCAAUCAGGAGUGACCAGGUAUUCAACGAGAGUUGAAGCAAUUGUUCUGCCUCAGAUCGUGGCGCCGCAGCCUUCGCGAACGUUUGAUAUCUCUUCAUGGAAUGUUCUUAAAAACAUUAAGCUAUUGGACCCAAGGUUCAAUGAAUCGAGACGAGUCGAUAUGCUAAUAGGAGCAGAAUACUACCAUGAACUUUUGUGCGUUGGACAAAUCAAACUAGGGAAGAACUUGCCGCUGCUGCAGAAUACGUUACUUGGAUGGAUAGUUACAGGAAAGCUGAAGGAAGGAGAUGCAUCUGUUGCUACAUGCGGCAUCUGCACCAUGGACGAACCUCUAGAGCGCAGUAUUGAGCGAUUUUGGCAGAUCGAGCAGCUACCAGAGGCCUCCGCGGCACAGACACCUGCGGAGCAACAAUGCGAAGAAAUGUUCAAUCAGAACACCAUGUUAAGCAAUAACCAGUUCACGGUAAACUUGCCAUUCUCAGACAGUGCUGAGAAACUUGGAUCUUCAGCGGACAUCGCCAAAAGCAGAUUCUAUGCACUAGAACGCAAGCUUGCAAAGGAUGGGGACUUGAGAAAGCAAUACACCAAAUUCAUGAAGGAGUAUCUCGACCUUGGUCACAUGAAGGAAGUCAACCCGGAUCAGAUACCUCACCCGCAUUAUUUCUUACCGCAUCACUGCGUACUUAAACCAGAUAGUACCAGCACAAAAUUAAGGGUCGUAUUUGACGCAUCAGCAAAGACCUCUACGAACGUCUCCUUGAACAACAUAUUGCAUGUGGGACCAACCGUACAAGACGAACUUUUCACAAUUUUAUUGCGAUUUCGACUGCCGAUCCCAUCUGAAGUUUUGGAGGUGCGUCUUAAUGAUGACAAUGAAGCUUCAAUAAAGGCACUAGGACUGAUCUGGCUGCCAAGGUCCGACGUAUUUCAGAUUAAGGUGAAUCCAUUAGAACAGCGCCGAGCAACACCUCGGAAAUAG